AUUUACGGAGUCAGUUUACAGAUCUCUGGACAAGAACGAGGGACAAGAAGAUGGAGCAAGGCAUUCACACUGAAGCACAGCUGGCCGCUGCCAUAGAGGCAGGAGAGUGGUAUGACAGCGAUAGUGAGACGGAGAAUGACAACUCAGAGGCUGAGCUGUCAGGAGAGGCCUCUAGUGAAGAGGUUGACUGGACAAAUUAUUUUUGGAACACUGGAGACAAACUAGAUACUAAUGCACCUCUAAGCAGGACACUAGAUGCGCACGCCAUCCUCAAGCAGCUAUCUCAACUGGGAACAGACUAUGUUGAUUAUGGGGGCCAAGAGGGAACAGUGAAUGAAGGCGACGAAAAUGGAAAGAAAAACUCCGAAGAGGAUGAAGCUACAUGUAGGAGUGCUGAGUCAGCAGCUGUGGUUCCGACAGAUGGGGUGACUGAUAGUACCACCCCCCACAGUCAAAGUGAGAGACCCAAACACUACAGUAUUGCACACGAGAUAAUGACAACAGAGAGAACGUAUGUGCAGAGUGUGCGGCUCCUGGAAAAGGUGGUUCACGGUGCUAUCAAGACAUCUCAAAUGACCGGGAGGGCCAUCCUUCCAGAGCAGGGCAGGAAAGAAAUAUUCCUGAACAUUGGUGAAAUUUAUGCCUUAAACUUUGACCUUCUGCAAGAACUAGAAGACAGACUUAAAAACUGGGACUCCAAUUCAAUGAUUGCGGACGUACUGGCUAAGCGUGCUCCUUUCUUUAAGCUGUACUCGAUGUAUAGUGCCAGAUUUGACAGUGCUCAGGCGGCCUACUGUAAGUGGCUCAAGACCUCCAAACCGUUUGCAGAGCUCAUCAAACUUAUUGAAACAGGUCCUUUGUGUAAAGGUCUGCCUGUCUCCAGCUACAUGCUCUGCCCUGUCCAGCGUAUCCCUAGGUACAAACUACUUCUGGAAGACUACCUGAAGCACUUGCCAGAGGAUCACCCGGACAUAGACAACACCAAAGCUGCCCUGGCAGCCAUAGCUGAGGCUGCCGAACAUAUGAACGAAAGAAUUACAGACAUGGAGAACCAAGUCAAGGUGGUUCAAAUGCAGAAAACCUUUGUUGGCAAGGAGAACAUAGUUGCUCCUGGUCGAAAGUACAUUGGUAGGGGUCCGGUGUUCUUUGUACCCGGGAGCAGAUGGAAGCAGAGAGUACUCUUCCUGUUCUCAGAUGUGCUCCUGGUUGCCCGAAUCACAGCUGCUGGGAGAUAUCGGAUACGCCACAAAGUGCCACUCAAGAAAAUGCUGGUUUCAAUAGUCGAGUCUCCAGUACUCCGUAAUGGAUUCUGUAUUGCCGAGAGAGGUCUGACAAAGCCGUUUAGAUUUUGUACCAAGAGUGUGGAAGAGCGUACCAAGUGGAUCACAGAGUUGAGCAAUGCCAAGACGAAAGAUGAGGGCGUUCUGGCUACUAUGGGCAAGAACUCUCCCUAUGCUGCCGUUCUCAAUGACCCUGAAGCUCAUAGCUCCAUCAUGGCAGUUCUUAACGACCCUUCAUUCGAACACAACCAUCCCUCGUGGGUUCGAAGGUCACUUCGAUAUGCACCCACUACUGUCCGCAAGGGGCUACCUUUUACCAGCUAUGCUUUGGCGUCUCAACAGCUGUCUCGUGAGACAGGUGGUGGGGAGAACGGAGGCGUGGAGGAGGUGGACUUUGGAGAGGGAGUGGUCACAGAGUUUGUGUGUGAAAGAAAAUAUACUAAGGUGUUGCGGCCUGGUCUGGACCACUCUCUGAGCAGCUACAUGCACUACCAGUGUGAGGGGAAGCUAAUGGAGGUCCGAUGGUUUGUCCUCACCUGCAGAACACUCGUCUGCUAUCAGGACCACACAGUGAGAAGAGCUUUUACAUGUUCAUGGUACAUGUACCCAGUGAUGUGCCCAGCAUUUCAAAGUGCACGAUGUGGCCAGUGGUGCCCUCACUCUAACUGGCUGUACUCUGUCCACUGCCAUACAGGAAGAAGUGCCGGAGAGAAGAUACACGUUCAAACUGUGCCAUGAAAAGACGACUCAUACUUUCCAACUCCUGACAGCCUACGAGUAUGACAGGUGGAUGAGUACUUUACAAGAACUAUUAUACAGCCAGCAGACUCAUGAAUAGUGUGUAAUUAUGAAAUAAUAUUAUAUUUUUAGUGUACUGUACACAUUAUUUUUUAUUGAAACUCCGCCCAGUGAA